AUGGACCUUAGUGCACCCUCUGGUUACGAGUCGUAUUCCAACCGGCUCGACCCUCACGACGAAGUCGACAACGGAUAUGUUGAAAAGAGUCCUCGUCCAGUUUCUGAUACACAGAGGCUUCUCAAGCAGCGCCAUGCGCCGCGGAACAAGAGCGCGAGUAUCUUUGAUACCACCAGGCUGGCCCUGCGCGUCCUCAUCCUUCUACUUGACCUCAGCAUCCUGAGCCUGCUAGUCCAUGGAGUCAGUGUCUGGAAAACAACGCACAACUCUGUGGACAGGAAUGAGGACGGCUGGGUAAGAACGCGCUGGGCGUCGAUUAAGAUGCUCUCGACAUGGUUAAUGCUAGCAAUCGCGGCAUUUGCAUCCUUUGUCCAGGUGGUAGCUCUAGCGACGCGCCUCAGCUUUUUCCGCUCAAUGCGCGACGGCUUAAUACAUACCAGCGCCGUCCUGGCCAGCUCUGGUGUUGUUAUCGCAGGCUGGAUCGCUGCAACUGUUUACUUUAUCGUUGACAAGGAAGUGCUUCGAAACAACCACUGGGACCUUUGGUCUUGGUCAUGCCGGAACAGCUCGCGACAGAGCUAUAUUCCCUGGGCGGGUCUAUGCACAGAACUGGUCUAG